UAUGUAUAAAUUGUGACUGUCCUUUUAAUUUUUCAGCAUUAGAUUGGAUUUUGAAGUCAUAAAAUAUUAUGAACAUAUGCAACACUCACUGCCACCUAAAGGUGUCUGGCAAGUUUCUGUGGGAUCAAACAGAACUGUGUUAUCAGACUCAGGAGACAAAGACGUGAACUGUAUGAACUAUGGACCCAUUGAAAGCUUGUUUGAGUUGCUCAUGGCACUCCACCUCACAGCACCUUAAGACAGAACGCAAACAGCUUCCGUGCCAAUGCUCAUGACGGCACUGACCAAAGCAGACAAGAGGAAAAGAAACAGAGCAUAACAAGAAAAUAUUUUUGAAGUAUAGCACCAUUUUCCAUAGUCAUGGCCUCAGCUCAGCAGCUGCUUCGGUCUCAGAGAGACUUGCUGCUGAACUGGACGUGUGACCACCCAGCACCCUUGCUGCGUUGGCUGCAUGAUGCUGAGGUGCUCUCCUCCCCCCAGUACCUUUCUCUGCUGGAGAGGUCCCCUGUCAAUGCUGUGGCCCAGGCUCUAGAGACAGUAUGUGCCAUGGAAGAGAGCAGCCAAAAGUUCCUGCUGGUGCUGAGGGAAGUGCAGGAUUAUUACUGCGGAGAUCUGCAGGUCUGGGUGGAGAGACAUUGCAGAAGAGAUGCUGUCAGUAAACCAGUGGCUGAACCUGUAAAAGUUGAAGAUAAGAAGCCUAAAGGCCCAUUUGCUAAACUGCUCAAAGGAAAAAGCAAGAGAUUUACCCCAACUCCUGAGGUUAAAGCUAAAGAAGAACUGAAACCUGGCAGGAGUGUAAAGUUGGCCAACAUUCGAGUUCCCAUCUCUGCCCAUAAAACAACCCUACUGAAACGCACAGAGCAGUUGAAGUGUUACUCAGAGGGUGAGGGAAUGGCUUCAAACUCAGCCUCUCACAUCGAGAUUCGCUACACUGACCUCUUCGUAACAGAAGAUAAUGACUUAGUUGACAGCAGCCAACAUGAGUACUUUGACCUGGCCAGCAGACGAGCUCGCAUCUAUGUGCAUCAGGCCUGCCAGCGCAUCCGGCCAUGCCAUCUAUUGAGCCCCGAAGCAACAUCAGGAAGGUCCCCCAAAAGGGUUAAAGUGAAAGGUAUUGCUGGUAUCGGAAAGAGCAUAGCAGUACAGAGACUCGUUUAUGAGUGGGCAAUCGGGAAGAGCAUGCGUGAAUUCACCUGUGUUUUUGACCUGCGCUUCAGAGAGCUCAAUCUGAUUGAAGCACCACUGAGCUUAAUGGAGCUCCUUGGGGAACGGUUCCGGUACCUGAAGGCAGUUUUACCUGAUCUUUUUGCCUCACCGAGCUCUUUGCUCUUCAUCUUAGAUGGAUUGGAUGAGUUCAAGUUUCCCUUGGACUGGAACAGUCCUGGCAAAAACAUUGACGUAAAUACGAAGGUGCCAGUGUCAGAGCUGAUGGUGGCUUUAAUCAAGGGAAGCUUUCUCCCAGAGGCGUCAGUCAUCCUCACGACAAGACCAUCUACUGAAGCUCCCAAGCAUUUCUUCCAGAAAUGUUGUGUGGUGCUGGGCUUUGAGGAGGACCAGGUGAAGGAAUAUACCAGCAAGUUCUACAAAGACAGCAAAGUUGCUGAAAAAGUCUACGAUUACAUCUCGAACAAUGACAACCUUUUCGUGCUGUCCUUCAUCCCUCUUUAUUGCUACAUCAUCUGUACCGCGAUGGCUGAAUUCUUCUCCUCAGGGACUCACGAUGUUGGUGACUCAAAAUCACUGGAGCUGAACCCGCCCAGAACAGUCAGCGAGGUUUACUUCUGCUACCUGUUCACAGCAGUCAAGCACCAUGCACUGAGGGGGAGCGCCGAGAGAAGCACACCUAGAUCCGAGGUUCUCUCACUAGCUAAGCAACAACUGACAAACCUGGGUAAAUUGGCUUAUGAAAACCUUCUACAGAAGAAGAUAAUGUUCACCACAGCGGAUUUGGAGAACUAUGGUGUGACACCUGCUGAUGUUCAGAGCACAUUUCUCUGUCACAUCCUCCAGCCUCUCAAGGAAGAGACGGUGGAGAUGUUUUCUUUCUUCCACUUGACUGUUCAAGAACAUCUGGCUGCCCUCUACUGUUCAAUCAACCUCUUCAGCGAGGAGGACAUAAUCCAAGCUCUCGACUUCUGGUGCUUUGGGGUACAUCCUCCAUCUUCCAUUGCUGCACCCCUGCAAAACACAGACCUCAACAUGGACAAGCUGGAGAGCCUCCAGAUGUUCACACGCUUCUUCAUGGGAUUGCUGCGAGCGCGGCUGGCAGGUCAGUUGGAUGGCCUCGUUCUUUCCCCGAUGGAGCACGGGGAUGGCAUCCCCACCAGGCUUGGUGUGUGGUUUCAAGACCAGUUUAAAGGCAGGAAGCUGGAGAACCAGACAGCCCUGAAUCUUCUCCACUGCCUGACGGAGUUUCACAUGAAGGAAGCUACCAGUAUUGCAGCACCAGAGAUCAAGACCCUCAACCUGUUUAAAAUGAAGCUGAGCGUCGUGGACUGUGCAGCAAUGCACUAUGUGCUGCAGUUUUCACCACACAAGCUGCAGGAGCUCAACUUAGGCUACUCCAACAUUGGAAACAGAGGGCUGAACAGACUGGGGCCAAUCCUACAUCGCUGUGAAUCUCUCUAUUUGAGAUACAACUGCCUGGACAGACAAGCAGCUAUUUUAGAGUCUGCGAUUCUCAGAUCAAAUGAGUGUCAAGUGAAGAAGCUCUUUAUGUGUGGCAACAACCUGGGUCCAGAGGGGGUUUUGGAGCUGUGGAACGCCCUGGAGCACAACACCACUGUGGAGGAACUCUAUCUGGACAUCACUGGCAUCACAGAAAGAGGAACAGAAAACAUAGUCAACUGCCUCAGCAAAAACACCUCUCUGAAGACACUGACCAUUGUUGGGAAUGACAUCGGUGAUAAGGGGAGGAGGAGGCUGAAGGAGCUGGGGCAAAGUCGACCAGGACUCCGGAUUAUUGCAAACUUUGUGGAUGACCUUGGGUUACUUCAGGCCUACCUGGACUGGGUGGAGGAGAUCCGGGUUGACAGAGACCAGAUGGACUCAGUGAAGAAUGCAGACGCCCUGCAGUCGGUGCUAAAGGGGCUCAAGUUGGCAGGAGAACAGGUGGAGAAAGGAGAGAAUGCAGAAAAAGCCAAGGAGCUCCAUACAAAGAUUGUGGAGUUGCUGAAAACUUCAACGGAUAUGACUGGACAGAGAUGACCUCAAGUUAUUCAGAGACCUCUUAUUCAGAGAGGUCUCCCUGGAGUUAGACCUCUCUGUGAUUGAUUUAGGCAAAACAAAACAAAACAAAUGUAAUUUAUAUAUUUGUUCAUGCAAAGUAAACAUGAUACGGAUCACUCUUUGGUGUAAUGAUAAAGGUAAUUUCUGCAUUUUGCCACCCUUACCAAAUGUGCAAACCCAAUUUGUGGUAAAUGGAAGAGUUAACACGAUGAGGACGUGAAGACAAUGUAAAUUAAAUACAGUUUAAUAGUUGAAAUGACACUGACAACUUCUCUGACAAGAUUCUUCUCUGUCUCUUGUCUGUUAAGAUUUAACUGUGUAAAUGUCUGUUCUUUAAGCUAUCAAAACAACACAGGGGCCAAAGGUCAUUAUUGCAAAGUGACUACAAGUUUUUACAUGCGCAUAUUAAGUAAAAAUUUUGUAGCUAUGUGGUAAAAAAAAUGUGGUGCAAAGAUCAUGCCCCUACUUACAUUUGUUGUGCAAGUUCCUAAUUUUCAGUAUAAUUCCUCCAAGUUGAAGUUGCAAACUCACUUCUGAGGAACUGGACUUGCUUUUGCAUCCUUCAUCUAUUGGGACAACAAAGCUUAUAAGAACGUAAGUAGUUUUAAUUUCAGAAGAAUCAUAUUUAAGAUUAAGAUAGCAUUUGUUUUUGAUAGAGUUUAAGUUUGACUCACUGGACUUUAGAUCAAUCAUGAUAUAUUUGUAAAUUUAGAGAGGAAAGCAAGAAAAUUUGCUAACAGUCACUGAAAGAUGAGAGAAAAUUUUAGGCAUUCAAUUGUGUUUUUUUUUUUUUUUUACAUUGCUUGACAUUGCUCUUGAAUAUACACUUAGUUGGCAGUUUAUUAGGGAAACCUGGUUAAAACUAAUGCAGCCUAAUGCAACAGUCGCGCAAUAAAUCCUUCGUUGUCUGUAUUAGUUCAUUAAAAAAUAUUUGUUUAAAUAAAACACACAAAAAAAAAGAAAAAGUUUUUUGGUUACUGUCUGUUUUCGCAAAUACCUUUCCUGUUGAUUCCUUUUUAUCUUUAUGUCUAAAUAUAUCUCUAUCUUGUUAGGAUGUUAGGAAAUGUGUGACAAGCAGAUGCUUGUUUUUCCACAACAGUUCAUGUUUCUUCCCUUUCAUUGUUGCCAUGAUCGAAAUUUCAUAAAAUCUGUCAAAUUUGCGAGAAAUGUUUAUAAAAUGAGUCAUACAAUUGUUUAAUGGCAGUUUUACAAAUAGUUAUUUUCAAAGCAGUAAUCUAUUACCGUUUUGCU